CGUUCGACGGUGCCAGUGACGUGACUCUGAAUCUGAAUCUGAAUCAGCUUUUCUAUAUAGCUCGGCACUUGAACAUUUUCCCUCAUCAAAACCGAUUCUUAGACUCGCGGAAAGGGAAAUGCGGAACGAAGUGAAAACACCCGAAAGUGACAGAAACGUUCAUAAAUAAUCCAGUGAAAAUGAAAGCAAAUCAUACGAUUCUGCUUAUGCUUUUAUUUUUGGCCAUCCAGCACAAAUGUAGAGCUACGCAAAAGUCGCAGCUUGGCCAGCCGCUUAUACAAUUAAGUCACGACAACUCCGAUGAUGACUAUCCAGAAAUAAAGGACGAAAUUCAUUUGGAGGACUUUUUCUGGACAGGUUCGGGUGAUGGCCCACCAGAUUUUCUGAAGAAGGUUCACACGGGGAUUACCAAGGGCAAGGAUGUGAUUGUCAAGACCGAAACAGUAGUGGCCACGGUCUAUGUGGAUGGAAAUAAUGAAAUUGACAUACCCAUUUGCCUGGACUGCAAACCAGAUGAUGGAGGUGGCACUUGGGAUAUGGGUGGUCCGGGAAUGCCACCGCUGAACUACUCUGCCACGGAUCGUCGUUAUUGGCUGCUUACGGUGAUGUCCGGUUUCUAUACAGCAAAGGAUAACCCCACUUUAGAGGAUAAGCUGGCUCGCCUAUAUCGGCUAGCUUUUACCAGGCAACAAACCCGUCAUCUGGGCAUAAAUGGAGCCCAGCAGAUCGAUGGUGUCAAUGUACCAGCUCCCCGAGAGCGUCGGAAGUCUUUUACCCCAUCGACGAGACCCGAAACCACGACGGGAUCACCGGCAGACGACGUGGAAAUACUGGACAUGCAGGAUGACGACGAGCACUACAUCAAGAGCGUGAGGAGACUGGGCGAAGACACCGAGUGGGCCAGCCACUCGGAGGAGGAGCAGUCCGAGGAGCUACCUCCAAUGGGUGCCACACCCUCGACGACCAGCACUGAAACGAUUGAUUAUGGGGCAUACGUUACUCUGAUCCCCUGGGAACUCAUACAGCAGAGUGGGAAAUCGGAAAAGUUGCGGGAAAUGCACGAAACUCUGUUGACUAAACAACCGCUGGUGCAGCAACAACAGCAAAAACAACGGCAGGAGCAACAAAUGGGGCAGGAGCAGCCCCAAAGCCAACCGCUUUAUAGGGACGAGCACGUCAGAGUUGUCAUACACAACCUAACGCAAAUUAGCGAGGCUGAUGUGCAAAAGUGGAGCACCAACACCAAUGGGUUCGGUACCAUGGAGGAGCACAACUACGUCAACCUCAAAUUCAGCAAUGAUCGCCCGAUAGCCAACCAAACGGAGCUGAUUUACACUGUCUUGGUGAAUGGUAGACCAGUUUUGGCCACAACAGCUGCCAAAGACAUGGAACUGGUCAGUGAAUCCGAGGCCGUUAAGACUUUUGGACAGGCUGUUUAUAUGAAAUCGGAACCCUACAUUAGGGAGCCCACGGCCACCGCCUUGGCACCUGUGCCACGAAGUGGACAGGCUGGAUUUUUCAACUCGGUGAAAAACAAUGUGGCUUUGGUCGUAAUCAGUAGUUUAGCCAUACUGCUACUCCUGUUGCUCCUAGUGGCGGUUCUACUAUUGGGACGAACACGUUCCAGACAGAGAGAACUGAGUGCAGUCAACAGAAACUCCUCCCGCAACGAAUUGCUUUCCGAGGGUCAAUCGAUUCGUCCUACCACCAGUGAGAGGACCGAAGGAGAACCAAGUCCAGCACAUUCCCAUUCUAGAGAAGCUGGUGUGCGAAACUUCUCCUACGAACGUGAGCCACGCAUAAGUUUUCCAGCUCCGCCGCAGGAGAACCGAUCCCGUCGCGGUUCCAUAUCCUCGUCGACGGACAACACUUCCGACUCCUCGGUCUACUGUCCCAUCAAUCCGCCCAGUGCCGAUGUGCAAAGGAUACUGGAUGACAAGGCAGCGCGUUUAUUUGACGCUCAUAAGAGGCGUCAUCAGUACGAUCGAGCUGAGGGUCACGAGGAAACAGUCUAUACAUCGGUGGUGUCAGAAAAGAAGGGUGACAAGAGCAGGCAUAAAUCGCGGAGGCGUUAUCUGAACGAGAAUCGAGUGGGCUCCCUGGAAACGAGUCCGGUUCAGGGCUCCCUGGCGGGUCACUCCUCUGCGGAGGAAUCGCCAGAAGUCCUGCGCCGGAGCUACGAGAAUUUCCAAAGGAACGAGGCUUUCAAUCCCCACAACAACUAUCACCGAAACAAGCUGUUAACUCAGAAAACCGGAAGAGGAGUUUCCGCCGAGGCGAUUAACAGCGAGAUGAUACGGAAUCUGCAGCCAUCUGAUAAGAGUGAUACCGCGAGUGUGGGAUCCUUCCUAUCGAUGGCCUCUGUGAGGGCCUUUCCGAAGAGUACUCUGCCGGAGCCACUGAACCGCGUGCUCGAUCCCGUGUUCGUCACCUACUACGACAAUGUGAAUGCAGUGGCGCCGCCGCACAAUUCCACGCGAUCCCUGAGAUCGCACAAGUCGCAGGGCAGCAAGGACACCACCAUAGCCACCAUAGCCACCAUAGCCAGCUUUCCCAGUCCCAAGGCACCGCCGCCAUCGGUUAGGAAUGUGCGUUCCGCCUCGCACAGCGAUAAUCCGGAUCCGGGUGUAGUGGGUCCCGUGGUCUGGGAGCGGCACAAGAAGAAGCAGUCACAGGAGGCCCUGACCUACGCGGACUAUAAUCCCAGUCCGCUGCACAAUCCGUCGGCCAUACGCAACCACUACGAGGGGCUCCUGGAGGGGGCCCUGCAAAUGUACUCCAGCCAGGACGACAUACCCAUGCCCUUGCCCACCCAGAACUUCACGAACAACCGGCGGGUGACGAAGCGCGAGCAUAGGGGUUCAUCUGCGGGCUUGCCCAGCUUUCAUCCUUCGGGAGGGUCCAAAACCAUAGCCGAACGUCCGGCCACAGCCCAGCCGGAAAAGACCUCCAAGUCGGCCCACUCCACGCAGCCACCUUCGCCCACUUACAGUGCCUGGGGCGGAGGUAGUGUGUACAGCUCCCAUUCCACCCUGAAUCGGCCCUUGAGCGCAGGUCCUUUUCAAAGGACAGAGCCCAGAUUGGAGGCAACCCAAUCGGCAAGUGGAACUGCCCCCCUUAUCGAGGCCAUACAAACCGAGCUGCGAAAGUUCAAGCAACAGCAGGAGUAGAGCCUCAAAUUAAUGAUCUUAACUCUGUCAUGGCAAUGAAAAAUAUCAUUCAUAUCUGUACCAAAAAUGUUUGCAAUUCAUUUAGAAUAAACUUUUCUUAAUAC